GGGGGCACGUUUUGAUUAGAAAUCAUUCCCAUCGUUAACACUGUUCUUCCACAGUCAGGCAUUCUCAAAGCAGGUUGAGGGAGCACAUGUGACAAUGGAAACACAGCUUUAUUCCCCUCGGCUGGAUCUGAGUAGCGUGCUCAUCAUCCUCCACACCAACCUGAUCUCGAAACUGCAGGAAGCUGCUGGAAUCCAGAGAUGCUUCUUCUGACAAGUGCAGAUAAACUGAAAAGUAAAGCCGAGCGUGCAUGGGACUGGUUAGACAGGUCUGCCGGUAGGGUGCCACUGGAAUGCAGUCAUGUGGCAGGGAGGGUGUGGUGGCAAGUCAGGUUUUAAACAUGUUCAAAUCCAUUCCUCCCACACAAGCUGAAGAUCUCUGCACCUACCUACUGCUCCGUGGGACACACUGAACACAGAGGGAACAAUCACUGCUGCUGCCGAGGAUGGCUGAAGCCAGUAAAAUUGAACUGUUUGUCAAGGCCAGCGACGACGGGGAGAGCAUCGGGAACUGCCCCUUCUGCCAGCGGCUCUUCAUGAUCCUGUGGCUGAAAGGAGCGAACUUCACCCUGACCACCGUCGACAUGAAGAGGGCCCCCGAGGUGCUGAAGGACCUGGCCCCCGGCUCGCAGCCCCCCUUCCUGCUGUACAACGGGGAGGUGCGGACCGACACCAACAAGAUCGAGGAGUUCCUGGAGGAUUCACUGGCACCGCCACAGUAUCCAAAAAUGUGCACCCGCUACAAGGAGUCCAACACAGCCGGCAACGACAUCUUCCACAGAUUCUCUGCCUACGUGAAGAACCCCAACCCCUCCAUGAACGACUUGCUGGAGAGGAACUUUCUGAAGAGCCUGAUGAAGCUGGACCGGUACCUGCGCUCCCCGCUGCCCCAUGAGCUGGAUCAGAAGCCCAACAUCACCGUGUCCGAGAGGAGGUACCUGGACGGAAACAAGCUCACACUAGCCGACUGCAACCUUCUGCCCAAACUGCACAUCGUCAAGGUGGUGUGCCGGAAGUACCGUGACUUCGAAAUCCCUCCAUCGCUGAGCGGGUUAAAGCGUUACCUUGACAACGCCAGCACGCAGGAAGAAUUCAUCAACACCUGCCCCGCGGACGUGGAGAUCCUGCUGGCCUAUCACUCCGUGGCACAGUACCUGAGAAAGUGAAGCAGGAUGGGGGGGAGGGGGGGUGUGGUUUAAACAUAAAUCUUUAACCACAGUCAAAUCUGCACAGAAACUGAACUCCAUUUGAAUGAUCUUAAUACCACGCCAUUAAAUCACUAACAUUUCCCCCGCUGUAUUUUAAUGAACAGCGGUAUUGAAAUAUAGAUUUAAACAGAUGACUGGUAAUUUAGAUACUGUUCUGUGGUUCUGGUGACACCCAGUGGACGACAGGGAGAGGAACAGCUGUGGGAUGUUUUUUUAUUAUUAUUAUUUAUUUAUUUUCUUCAAGCAGCGCUUUUAAGAUGGUUACCUAAUUCCAUUCACAUUUAUUUGCCAAAGCAAGAGGAUUCAACCUUCAAUCCUACAUAGAAAUACAAGAGAUUUCAGUCAAUCCUCUCUUCACAACUACCUGCAUACAGUGACCCCUGGAGGCAUACCCUGGGAAUGACCCGAAUUCUGUCGCAUCCAAGAUAUCAUUUUUAUAUGUUUUUUGAACUGCAGAACUCUCUAAAAAUAAAACAUAUUUAAUCAUUCUUUAGAUUGCACCAUUAACUAAUGUAUAGUAAUAUUAUUCUACCUACAUUAUGUCUAAUGUAAAGGAAGUUUUGCAUUUGUAAUUGCAUUGCAAUUAAGUAUUUUGAACGUAGUAAAAUGUAAAUGUGUAUUAAGA